UGCCAGGCUGAGCGGUGCUGAAGAGGCGGCGUGAGGACCUCCGUGAGUGUCCGGACCUUCGCUGUCGUGUUACCCCAUCAUGUAGUCUUAACUCCACUCUUCCACAUUGAUUUUAAUCGCAGAUAUCGGGUAGAAGAGAUGAAAACACCAGCUUCCUAAUGCAAACCUUAGACGGCACAGGAUUUAAUUUUAGGAACAUGGAGACAGUGUUCUAUGAUCCAGCAGUAUGAUAGGAGCAUCCAGUCUCUCAGGGGACACCCUGAUAGCGUGUCACUUCCCUGUGGUUCAGCUUCCCACUUGGCAGCUUCCUGUUCAGGCCCUGUGCGGCCCAGGCAAGAGGCCCAGUCGGCUCUGCUCAGUGGGCCUGACCCGAGCUGUGUCUCUCCCAGAACAAGACUCACUGAACCGAGAGCAUGACUUCACUGGUGGCCGAAGACAUUUUUCCAGCAGCUACAGUAGUCUCAAUGAGGACCGAGUGGAGGAGGAGGGGGGCAGCGACAGCAGCGGGAGGUAUGACUCCACCUCGUCACCAGAGGAGACGAGUUCCCGUGUUAAGACGGAAAGCUCUGAAGUCAGAAACAGUCUGCGGUCACACAACUCAUUCCUUCCCAACACAGAGCUGGAUGAGGAUGAGGAAGAUGAAGACAGUGAUGGGGGGAAUCUACACAGAUACCAUGAAGACUCAUCUUUUGUGCUGCAUGGAAAUUCCAAUUGGCCUCCAAGUUAUGGUGUCAGAAAUUAUACAACGUUGCAUGGGGACAUGGACAGGGAAUGGGGCAAUGAAGGGACCAUGUUGGGAGCUGAGAGUGAUCAAGAGUGGCUCUCCAACCAGCCUAUCCAGCUGGACUCUCUGCAAACCGAAUGCCAGUGCUUUCAUGUAAGCAGAUCUGGCAUCAUGGCUUAUGAAGAGCAAAACUCAGACAGACGGAGGGAUAACAUGUGUUGCUGCCUCCACAGCCAACACAAAUGUUCCUCAGAGCUGUUCUCCAACAGCCACACAGACUAUGCCAGCGACUCUUCCUGUAACAGUUCUGAUGGUGUCUUGGUUAACUUCUGCACUAUCUAUAACAGGAGCAACAACCCUGCCACGCCUCAUGACCUCAGCAGUCCUGCAGUCCGACCCUCUCAGUCAUCUGAGGGAUCUGUGUUCCUCAACCUCCAACCUGUUCCCAAGACUCCAGCUGAGGACCUUCAACAUCAUGACAUGACAGUUUACUCUCCCCCAAAACAGGCAGAUGACGUGACGCCCUCUGCAUCCUGCUGGUCUCCUCAGGGCCUCGACUCUAACUGCAAUCUUUACUCCCUUGAGCCACUACCCCCAGGUCUCUCCUCACUGGAGGUAUCAGACCUGACUGCUUGUCUCCAAAGCCAGGCCACAUUGGCCAUAGGGACUAACCAGAAGUACUACAAGCUUGUGACCUGUGACCUGUCCUCCCAGUCGCCCAGCCCGGCCUGGUCCAGCCACACCAGCUGCCCUGAGGGUCAGUGCAGGAGCAGCCCCUUCCCUUCCUCUGAGCACCUCUUUGUUGAUCAAAAGAAAGAAGGACAUCAAGAAGUCAAGAAGGAGAAAGAGGAUCACCAAAAGGAAAAAAGGUUCUCCUCUGCACAGUGCAGCGGCAAGUUUGACUCUCUGUUUCAGAUCUGUGAUUACCAAGUUGCCACCACCUCCACUGACAAAGCUCUCUGCAGGCAGAAACAUACAGACAGCAGCCAAAACUUCUCCCACACGCCCUGUUCACUCUGCCCCAGCCGGUGUAGCCCACAUAGCAGUAAAUGCCAAGGCACAAGCAAUACAUCCACACAGCCAUCUGUGAUUGUGGACCAGGAGCACUGUGAUUCUGAUGCUACUGAGAAGGGAGCAUGUUCACUGGAAAAUGCGGUGGUUCGCUACAGUAAGGCCCAGAGACCGACCUCGCUGCCCAUCCAGCCCUUCGUGCUAGUCCCUGCAGACAAACCUCAGGCCCAGCACUUGGGCUGCCUUCUGGAGCAGUACAUGAAUCAGAAGAGCAACAUGUCCAGUAGCUCCCAACCAGGCUUCAAGUUCAAGGGCAAAAGGAGUCGAUGCUUCUCUAAUCUUCAGCUAUCACCAAUGGGCAGCCAUUACCCCGUCUUCCUGGAAGCUCCUUCAAGCUCUGAUACCUGCUCCACCUGCACGCCAAGUCCAGAGUGCUUCAGCCGCAGACACACAUGGAGUCAGUCCAGCAGAAGCCAAGAACACCCUAGUCCAUGUACAUCAAAAAGAAGCCUGGAUACAACUGACACCAGCCCAAAGCCCACACUGGUUCAGGAGCAAGAUAAAACUAGCCCAUACUCAAGCAAAACCGGGACUAAAACUUUUUUAAAUCUGAUGUCAGCCCCAAACCCGUCCAGCCUUGCUAAAAUCCCCAUGUACCAGGAUCUUAUUAAAAUCACCCCUGAGCAGAGCCAUGCCAACACUGAGCCCAAAAGUCUCAUUCAGCCCCAGACCCACACUUCCUACCAUUCAGUGUUUUCUCAUACACCACCCACUUUACCCCUAACCACUGACACCCUUCACCCAAACCUGCAGGUGUCCCUGUCUCCUCCCACAAGCUUACAACCCGAAAUGAAGUUCCCUCAGGACCAGGCCGCACCUGCAACUGACUCUGGCUUUUUUCAUGGUAGUUUUACAGCUGCCCUCUCCUCAGUAGCUCCUCUCUCCUCUUUGAGUUCUCUGUUGUCCUUUGCUGUUUCUGGACUGCACCCACAACAAAUCCAGGACUCUGCUGGGCCCAAUGGGAAGCCGAGUCAGAAUCAACACAGUGAAUCUCUGAUCCUAAGUGACAGGCCGCCCACAGAGUUCUGCCUCUCACCCGACACAUCUUAUGAGUCCAUGUCGAUCAGCCAUCUUCAGAGGAGAGGUUUGCUGAGGUCCGUGAGCCGGGCAGUUGAUUUGAUCAUGGCUCAUUUUGGCAGCAGCAGGGACCCUGAAGAAAAGAUGCGUCUGGGUAACAGCUCUCGCAGUCCCACAAUCGCUGGUCUGGUCCUGGAACAUUUGUGUCCAGCUAUCCAGAAUAUUUUAGAGGACGGUCUUAGGGAUCACAAACUGGAUCUCAUCAUUGGGCAGCGGCGCAACCACUCAUGGAGUGUGGUGGAAGUCUCUACUAGGAUUGGUCCAUCCACUAAGGUCCUUCACAGCCUGGUCUCCAAAAUUAGACUGUGUCCACAGCUCAGCAGCCACUGCAUGAGACUGAGAGCGUUCAUCAUGGGCCUGCUUAACUUGAGAGCUUUAGAAUUUUGGCUCAGUCACCUUCAGAGUCAAAAAGAUGUUGUGACAACAUACUACCAUUCUUGGGGGUUUCUGUCCAUGUCACUGGGUCAGUGCCAGCCCUUGUUUCAGGAGCUGCUGCUUCUGCUGCAGCCGCUCUCUGUGUUGCCCUUUGACCUGAACUUGCUCCUGGAGCCCCGACUGUUACGUAACAGACAGCUGUGUUCAGAAGAGGAGGGUUUUUCCCCACCUCCACCAUGCUCAGCCCUCUUAGUGACCAGCUGGCCAUUGCUGCAAGCUGACAAAAAGACAGACAGUAGCCACAGUGGUCAGCAAAGUACGAUUUCACACCGGACAAUCCCGGAUCAGCAACAGUCUCUCAUUUCUCACAAUUGUGUCAUGCAAGGUUACCAAGGGUUGCAGGCCAGCAGGAGUUCAUUGUUAGCUCCUAUUCCAGAGUGGUGGCCGACAGAGCCUAACCUUAUAGAUGGUGUAGUUGAAGGGGAGGACUGUAGCCAUAAUAAUGUAGAUACUUGGUCUCAAAUAAGUAUGGACAGCAGGCAAGAAGACAGGAGGGGAGAGAAAGACAGUGAGGUGCCAAAUGGAUCAGCUUGUGUCCAGGCUGGGAGUCCAUGUCAGGCUUGGCAUCGCUGGGCCAAACUGUUUGGCGCAGCUGAUACUUCCACCAGGACGGAGACACUUUCUGAGGGUCACAGUGGAGCACAAACCAGGAGGUGCAGACGACCAUCACAAUGGCUGCAUUUGGACAGAUCGCAGCUUGGACUUUUGGCUCAAUCCAUCAAGUCAAUGAAGCUAAGAGGAGCUUACACUGACAAGGACUCCUGAGAAGUAAAUUGUCUCUGUUUGAAGGACAGAGUGGAGACGGUUCACUAUAACAACAAAAAGUCUGAAUUGCAUGAUAGACACAGUGCUCAGUCACAUUACUGAGCUGACCAGAAGCACAAAAAAUACAAGAUCUUUGGCAAUGGCCCAUAUUCAUCAAGCUUUACCAGCUAUUUGGAAAUCCAUUACUACGUUUGUGAGUCCUUUAUUUUCUCAUUAGCUAGUUUCAAAUUAAAUCUGUUUGCACCAUUGCCGCUUUAGGAAUAUCUUAAAUGUUGACAGAUUUCAUUUAUUUAUUUAGACAUUUGUGCUUUAUUUCUGAUAAUGACACCUGGAAAGAGAUAAGAAAGGCACCGGAGUGAGGGGAUGACAUGCAGCAAAGGGCCUAGGGGUGGGACCAGGCCAUUGCAACAAGGACUGAAGCUUUGAUUCAAGAAGUAUCAGGAAUGUUUUCAUCACUAAAAACUCCGUAGCACUGUCCAAUCAAGGAAGUUUCUGUAGCAUCACAACCUGUAGCAUGACUUCCAUUUUAGGAUUCAAUCUAUAUGUCAAAUCAGCUAGUACUUUGCUUUAUUGAAUAAGCUUGCCAUUAUUCUCUUCCCCUUCUGUGACACUGUUUUGCAAGGGCACCAUCGCUGCACCGUGGGCAUAGCGCCAUCCAAGACAAAUGUGAUUGGUUUAAAGAAGUACAAAUAAGCCAGAGCACCUCUACCCCCAAUGCAUAAUGAUUAUGGGCUCAGUCUGACCUUCCUCAAGCACUGGCACAGCACUAACACAAAGUGUGGAGAUGAGUGUGGCCAUAACCAAUGCAUACAUGUGUUUAGAGUUGGUAGUAUUUACCUAGUUCAGAAUGAGUGGGAAAUAUCCAAAUAUGCUAACCAAACAGAAACUAUUUAGCUAGUCAUUUAAUUUGAUGUUAGCAUAAUUUUAAUUUUGUAAUUUGCGAUAACUAUAGUCUUAUUUUUGUGAAACAUAAAAUAGUCAGUGGUAUAAAUAUGCAGUAACAAAUAGUCUCCAAGUAAGAACUAUUUUGAGUGGUGCAAUCUAUUUUAAUAUAGUGAUGCAUAAAUCUCCACAUAUUAAACACUACACCAUAACCAGGCUUAGUUUGAACUUUUGAACUGAUGUGGCAACCAGUUCUCUGUGUGAAGUGAUCGUGAUCUUAGAAAGUUCCCUGAAUAUUGUUUUACCAGUGUACUUUUGUAAUCUAUAGUCAUAUUAGACGUGAGAUAAAGCCUCGUAAAUACAGUCAGAAGCUGCUGGAUCGUUAUCACAGCAGUUCCUGACCUCUGUUCCAAGAAACAGCGUGAUGAAUGAGGGCCAGUUCCGCCAUUUCCUCUUGUACUUUGGAAUAACUGUAAGUAGGUUCCUCUCUUACCGGUUACUGUCCUUUGUAUUUCCUGUAAGCAAACAUCAGUCACGAAAUGUGAAUGCUGUAGACUGUUGGACAUUCUUGUGGUGCAAACUAUCCAUUUCUCUCAAGUCACUAUCAUUAUCUCCAUAGCUGUACCUUUAAUUCUAGGUGGGAAAAAAAAACAAGCAAUACAGUUUUACUAAUGGCAGAUAUUCUACACACCAGCCCUGUGGAUUGAUAGUGAUGUUUUAUAUCCAGUAACUUUCCUUCUUGAGCAACUUCCCAGCAUGGAUUUACUGUAGGUGCAUGACUUAACAAACAGUACAGUAUUGUUCUUCAGUACUUCAUAGAUCUCUCAACUUCUUGUAAAUGUUUUUAUAGCUGUUGAGAUAGGUUUUGGACAUUUUCUGGCACUGAAAUUUAAAGUGUGUAGGAUUGCUCGGUAUAUAAAGUAAUAUGUCUUCCAAUAAGGUUUGUUUGGUUGCACAAGUAUAAGCCAUCUUGUGGCUGUUUCAGGUAUUUAAAUGUGUGUCAGGUGUAUUUUGAUAGAAUGAUGGUUAGAUGAAAAAGAGGAACAAGAAUUUUUAAUGUACUGCUUCGACAUGAGGUAUGUGAAGUUAUUCCACCCAUCAUAAUUUUUUCAACUUCUGAAUGCUUCCUCUAAUGCCCAGUGACAAUCAAAGUCUGUCAAUAAAGACAUAACAUAUAUACCCGUCUUCUUC